CAGUGGUCGUGUCGGUCUGCGAUCUGCAGCAAAGUGGGCCCACACGAGCGCGUCAGCACGCAAAGUCGGUGGUCUACACCCCAGGUGUACAGGCACACUCUAGAGAGUAACGCCCUGUGGAACGGGUAUAAAUCCACCGGCAUCCGUCCCGUACCUGAACCCAUCUAUCUCCAUUCUACCCGGUCCAACCACCCAGCCCACCCCCAUCCCCACCUUCAAAAUACCACAAAACCGACAGAAGAAAAAUGCCAACCGUCCUAAUCCUCGGCGCCUCCGUCGCCGGCCUCCCCAUCGCGCACGCCCUCCUCAAAAACAACACCUCCACCUCCUCCCGCCACAAGACAAAGGUCAUCCUGGUCAACCCCUCGCGCGACUUCUUCUGGAUGAUCGCCGCCCCGCGCAUCCUCACCAAGCCCGCCGCCUUUCGCGCGGAGCAGUACCUCAUCCCCAUCGAGCCGGGGUUUGCGAGGUAUCCCAGGGAGGAAUUCGAGUUCGUGCACGGCGCCGCGACGGGUGUGGACUUCAAGGCGAAGACGGUGAGCGUUGCGCUGUCCGCCCCUUCAUCUGAAGCCGACAGUACUGCUGCGCGGACGAUCGAGUAUGGAUACGAUUACCUCGUCCUCGCGACGGGGAGCACCACGCCGUCUUCGAUUGCUACCACGACCGAGAGCCGGGGGCACGCGGUGCUGUAUCCGUUCAAGCCCCCUCCUCCUUCCACCAGCGCUUCCCCCCACUCCCUAGGGGACUUAAUCGCCACAGCGCAAAGCAGCAUCAGCAAAGCGAAGAGAAUCGUCAUCGGCGGCGCAGGCCCGAUCGGCCUCGAGACGGCGGGGGAACUCGCUGACCUGCCGCACAAACCGUCUAUCACGCUGAUUUCUGCUGCGGAGCGGGUCCUCCCUGGUAUAACAGAGGGCGCGAGCAGGUCUGCGGCGACGCAGCUUGCGCAGAAGGGGGUGUAUGUUAUCACCGGCCGGAAAGUCGUCAGUUACUCCCCCGAGGAGGGGGUUGUUACCCUCGAUAACGGGGAGAAGAUCGAGACGGAGGUAUACAUCCCGACGACGGGGGUGCUCCCUAACAACUCGUAUCUCCCGGAGGGAGUCCUCGACGAGAAAGGGUGGGUCAAUGUCGACGAGGAGCUGCGCGUGCUCGGCACGGAAAGUGUCUAUGCGGCGGGGGAUAUCACCGCCUAUCCUACGAGGUUGGCCCAGCGGGCCGGGGAGCAGGCUGGUAUUGUUGCACAUAAUCUGGUGGUGGAGAUUAACGGUGCUGCUGGCGGCAAGAGGAAGCGGUUUGCGCCGGGGAAGGCGAUGAUGGUUGUGCCCCUUGGGAGUGCCGGAGGCACCGGGGAGUUGUGGUUUGGGUGGGUGCCGUUUGUUUGGUUGGUGCGGUUGGUGAAGGGGCGGGAUUUUUUUAUUUCGAAAGCUAAGAGCUUGGUAUUCUCCUAGAGGUGGGGAGUCCGGGUGUCUCCCCCGGUAUCUUUUAUAUCUCUCUUCUUUAAGGGUUUAUGCUUGGUUUAAUUGAGGUGGGGGGUACGGGGGGUCUCUCCCCGUUACUUUCUGUAUUCUGUUUU